CCGAUGCGACUGCGACGAUCCUUGGCAAGAGCUGCAAUCCAGUUGCAAUCGUAGUUUUCAAUGUUUACGUCGCAAAAUUUCGACGAGUGAAUUUCCUUCGAUCGUGGAUGACGAACGAAAUAAAGGAUGAGUUUUACUGACAGUGAACACUUUGAAGUUUCUUACUUCACGAUAAUUUGGACGACCAUCGCAUCGGUGGGUUGGUACAUAGUUGCGAUUCUAAUCGCGCUAUGGUAUGCUUCGCCGUACAUUCGAGAGAAAUAUAUCGAGUGGAAGUUGAAAAAAGACGAGCAAGAUUAUGCCGCAAAGUAUCAUAAAAAUACCGAUCUGUUGCAACAGAGGCUCUCGGCUGUAGAAGCUUCGCGGCAAAAGUUGCAUCAAGAAUACAUCGAGAAAUGUGCACUUGCGCAGAAAGACAAGGAAGAGCGGGAAAAGAGUAAAAGGGAAGCAUCGAAGUCGAUAGACCUUCGUGGUUUGGGACAAAAAUUGGGAUCCGAAGCGGACAACCGAUCCGCCGAAAACAAGCCCGCUUCGUUCAAAAAAGAAUACAAUCCAUUGAUGGGGGAUAGUUCUCGUAGAUAUCGGCCGCCGAAGCGUAGCUGCUGCGGAAAAGGUGGUUGCGAAUAAUUUUCAAUCGGCGUUGGUCGCGUACUUAAUACAUUCGUAUUUUGUUCGAGAAAGAGAUUGCAAACAUGACCAUUUGAGGUAUUCUUUUCCUA